UUCCUGCCCCUUCCCGCCCGCCUCAGCGGAGCGUCCCGCGGCCGGAGCCGCCUGAGGCAGCGCCGGCCCCCCGCGACCCCUGCGGGCUCCUGUGCUCGCCCUCCCGCCCGGUGCCCGCACAGCCCCCGCCGGCCCCGCUGCCGCCUCACGCCGCCCCGGCACCCCGGGAUGGCGGCGGGCGAGGAGGAGAGCCGCGAGUACCUGCAGCGGCACCGGCUGCCCGAGCUGCUGCACCGCCUCGGAGCGCUGCUGCUCUUCCACCGCCCCGAAAGGCCACGCGAGUUCCUGAUCCAGGUGCUGGAGCAGGUGAAGGCCGGGAGGCGAGCCGAGGGCGAGUACCCGUUCCUCAUGGACGAGGACAACGUGGACGCCAUGUUCAGCCUGCUGGAUGUCCUGGGCCAGGGCCACAUCAGGGCAGCGCAGUACAGGGAAGCUCUUAAAACUUUGGGACUGAGCACUGAGGAUUUGGAGCUAGAAGAUGAUGCGAAUAUCACACUGGAUGAAUUCAAGGCAGGAAUGAAGAAAAAGAUGCUGGAGAGCUGGUCUGUGUAUUAGUUUGAGCAGUGAUCUGCUAUAUAUAUUAAAAAUAGGCAUCUUCCCCAAUUUUUCUUCUGGUUUGUCAGCUGUGAAUAGCCAAUUUUAAGCAGUACUCUCUUUUUCUCAUCUUCCCCACCCUUCRGAGGAGCAAUCAGCUGAAAAGGACAAAUGACAAGAACUUGUUCAUGUCUAGCAAGCACUGGAGGGAGUAUUGUUAAGAAUUGCUGUUCUUAAUAUAAUUAGAUGGUUUUUAAAAAAAGCAGAAAUCUCUUACACAACUGAAAUAGUAUUUUUGAGUUUCCUCCUUCAGUUUAUAGUUUACAGUAAAGGAUUGUUACCUGUUGGCUCAUUACCACUGAAUAAAAUUAAGUUACUUUUUCRGCUUACUUGCUGUGCUUUGGUUUUUGGUUUUUU